AUGGAAGCGGUACUGUAUGUGUGUAAUAAUCGAAACGCUGUCGAUAAUGAUUGUGGAGGACGAAGGACCCCUAAUCCCCCGGGUAUCGGCAGCUCCGUCCCUAAUCCUGUCCCGAUUAAUCGGGAUAUUGCUGAGGAUAGCCGCAUCCUCCGGCCUCUUCAAGAACGGAUUUACCAUAAUUACAUCAUCCCUCCUUAUAAUCCCAUUAGCUGGCCUACAACUCAUCCUAGUUCCUCAGCCGGUCAGAUCCCACGGAUAUUGGAAGAGGAGUUCUAUAGGAGACUUUAA